AUGCCAGUCCUUAGGAUGCUGCAGCGAGUUGUGGGCCAGAUGCUGCAGAGCCCCGCCUGUGGCUGUAGGGCAGCUGCCCUGCCCGGCCGGGUCCUGGGCACCUCCCCUUGGCAAAUUCCAGCAAAUGCCAACUGCCACUCUGCUUCUCUAUCUGAAACAGACCGGCCGCGGAUCUUCAUUACAGGGGGUCUUGGCCAGCUUGGAGUGGGGCUUGCUACCUUGUUAAGGAAACAAUUUGGGAAGGACAAUGUGAUUUUGUCUGACAUAAGAAAACCCCCCGACCAGGUGUUCCAUAGUGGCCCAUUUAUUCAUUCCGACGUUCUGGAUUACAAGCAUCUUCGAGAGAUAGUGGUAAAUCACCGCAUCACCUGGCUGAUCCACUAUAGCGCUGUGCUCAGUGCGGUCGGAGAAGCAAACGUACCCUUGGCAAAAGCGGUAAAUAUCACAGGAUUGCAUAACGUUCUGGAUGUUGCCUUGGAACACAAUUUGCGAUUGUUUGUGCCCAGCACGAUCGGAGCUUUCGGACCUACUUCUCCCCGGGACCCAACCCCUGAUCUCUGCAUUCAGAGACCCAGGACGAUCUACGGGGUGUCCAAGGUCCACGCCGAGCUCAUGGGAGAAUAUUAUUAUUACCGGUAUGGGUUAGAUUUCCGAUGCCUGAGAUAUCCUGGCAUCAUUUCGGCUGACUCCGAACCUGGAGGAGGAACAACUGACUAUGCAGUCCAGAUUUUCCACGAUGCAAUCAAGAAUGGCAAAUUCGAGUGCUACCUGAAACCUAGCACGAGGCUACCGAUGAUGUACCUUGAUGACUGCCUCAGGGCCACCCUGGAAUUCAUGGAGGCCCCGGUAGAGUCCCUCUCUAGUCGGACUUACAACAUCAAUGCCAUGAGCUUCUGCCCCGAGGAGCUGGCCCAGGAGGUUCUUAAGCACAUACCAGAAUUCCAGAUCACGUACAACGUGGAUUCUGUUCGACAGGCCAUAGCGGAUAGUUGGCCGAUGAACUUCGAUGACAGCAAUGCCCGUAAGGACUGGGGUUGGAAACAUGAUUUUGACCUUCCACAGCUGGUGACAACAAUGUUGAGCUUCAUUGGUUCCCAUAGUAGAGUUGCCCAAGCUAACUGAAGGACUCGAAAGGAAGAGCUUGUGUAUCCUGGACAGCUUUCCAGGGAAGAUCAUAAUGACCCCAAGGUCAUAAAACCAAGGACCUAGUGUAUCCAGAG